AAGUAACACUCUAUACUUUUUUUCUUCCUAUGAAUUAAAUUAUCUAACAUGCCGAGGGAACCUCCUUGUUAUUUUUGCCACUUGUCAGCACAAAAUGAUAAUAUUUUGUAUGACAAAUGUUAAUGACUAAUAUAAUUUUCUAAGAAAGGGAAACUAUGGACAUUGAGACGGAGAAUGUAAUAAAUCUGGUGUUUCCAGAAGGUAUUCCAGAAUCAUGGAAAGAAAAUCCUGAAUUUUACCAAUACCUCUCCAAGCUUGGUGGCUUUGAUGUAGACCAGCUAAGCAAAGAACCUGGUCAUUUGUCUGAUGAGAAGAAUAUGGUACUGCAUACUACACAGGAGUUGGUGUUCGCUAACUACAAAACCUUUAUCCAGACAGCAGAGAGCUCACGGGAGAUUCUGAAUCAUUUCAACGAGACUGAGAGUCGACUCGACAAGCUCAUGCAAAAGAUCCCGGAAUUCGUGGAGAAAUGUCAGUCGUUUUGCGACGCCUCGAAGGACAUUAACGCGCACAGAAGGUUGAACAGCUUGACCUUGACACGAAACGCAGAGCUGCUCGAGAUCCUGGAGAUGCCGCAAUUGAUGGAGUCGUGCCUGAGGAGCAAUCAGUACAACGAGGCGUUGGAGUUGUCCCAGUACGCGCGUCAGUUAGGCAUGAAACACGGCGACAUCCCGAUUAUUUCGUCCAUAGUGGCGGAGAUUGAAAGCAGCUGGUCGGGGAUGGUGGGACAAGUGGUCGGAUCUCUGAGGGGGGACCUACCGCUUGCCAGGUGCCUUCAGCUCGUGGGUUUGCUGCGCUCUAUGGAUGCGUUCACGGAGCCGGAGCUUCGCAUCAAGUUCCUGCAAGCGCGAGACAGUUGGCUCCAAGGCUUGCUGAAUGCGAUACCGAAGGAAGAUCCCAAUCUUCAUAUCGCCAAGACGAUUGAGCUGUCCCGGAUACACCUGUUCAACAUAAUCACUCAGUACAAAGCCAUGUUCAAUGACGACGAGCUGAUCAUCCCCGGCCGCGACUUGACGCUGAACGAGUCCGCGAUAUUUUACCAUUGGCUGGAGGAGAAGAUAUCGCAAUUUCUCGCCACGUUGGAACAAGAUCUACCGGGUGUGACGUCUAUAGAUUCCAUCUUGGGCCAGUGCACGUACUUCGGACUGUCGUUCGGCCGGGUGGGCGUCGAUUUCACCGGCCGAAUAUCCGAUAUAUUCGUGCGAGUUAUCGGCGAGAAGUUCGAGCAGAACGUCCGCAGGACGACCAGGAAAUUCGAGAAAGACAUGGAGACGUUCACGUUGAUCAAUAAGACGCAACGGCUCGACAUCAAGACCGAGAUUUCGAUUAAUUCGGAAAAUCCGCCCGAACAGUUGGUGGAGUUUUAUCCCUUGGCCGAGUAUUGCAACGGAAUAAUAUCGGCAUUCAACGAACUGCGACUCUGCGUGCCGGUGGCACUCUCUGCCUUGUGCACGAGACUGCUGCAGGAAUCCUUGCACAACGUAGCCAGAGCUAUGUUGCUGUUUUACAAGCAGGAGCAGCAGGCUUUCGCAGCCGCCGAACGAGAGAACAUGGUCAAGUUCACGGAAUGCCUGAGCGAACAGUUGAUUCCCUACAUACAGUACUGCAUACACGCAAUCUUCCCACCCGUUCAGAUCGCGACACACUUGGGAAUAUCGGUCGUCGCGCUUCAGAAAGAGGAGAUCACAUAUUUGAACAAGCAAGCCAUAUUGGAACCCGUGGCAGUGUUGUUGCCCAUCAAGAAGGAUUCCUUGGUCUCCAAAUUGACAAUGUCCAGUGUACAAACAUCCCAUAACGCGAUUCUUCCUCUCGUCACAGCGCCUGUACCGUCAGCAAAAACCUCCUCAGCGAAAACCGCUGAGGAGGAACCGAAGGAAAGAGCGACUCAACAACACACGACGGUACCGAGGCACGAUGUACAAAAUUCGCAGAACUCCAGUAACAGUGUAAACUGAAAGGCCCGAUUGUAAAGAUUUA